CGAUAUAAUUAAUCAAGUUGAAUUAUGAAUCAUAAAUAGAUGUACAACGUUUGAUUGAUAAUAUAGGACAUAAAAUAUUUGACAAGAACAUCUCACUUAUCUCUUUACCCAGAAUCCCAAAAGCUUACACUUUAUAUUUUGUCUCACUGUUGGUCCGCCAUACAACCCACUCUCAGUUCUCAGAAUGGAUUUUGGUGCUCUGAUGCUUCUGUAGCUCAUCGAUUCCAUACGAGACACUGAAUUUCACCGUAUUGGGUUCUUUUCUCCUUAAUGGAUUGUUAAUUUGCUUAAUCUGAAAUCUGAUUUGGGUUUAGCUGGUUUAAUCUGACUCUGAUGGUUUACUGAGAAUACUGAGAAAAGUUUGGAAAAUAAAGUCGUCUUCUUUAUCAGUGGUUUACUUUAUUGAUCUGAAUUUUCAGGUAUCAGAAAAUGCAAUAUAGACAGCGUUUGCAAUUUGUGUUAUGUUGGUAGGUUUAGGUGCUACAGAACAAGGUUAAUUUAGACGGGGAUUGAUUAAACUACCAUGCAUAUAUAUUGCUGUCCUCUGGGUUCACGUAGAGCUGGAUUUUGGAAUUGCUGCAGAGAAAGGAAGUUGCCUUUCAAUGCUAUCUUGUAGAAAAAGAAAAAAAUUCAACACGAUUAGUUUUUAGGAGUUGGAUCUGAUUCACAUUUAUACUGCAUCAUUCUCUGAUUGGUCAAAUUGGUCCGAAAACCCCAUUGCUCACACCAUGCCUGUGAUUCAGAAGUUGUAUAAUGCUUGCAAGGUGUCCUUCUCUAGUAAUGGUCCAAUAUCAGAAGAAGACCUAGAGAAAGUUCGUGCUAUCUUAGAUGAAUUGAAGGCUUCUAAUGUGGGUCUCGAACAGGAAGCACAAUUGGCACGCGGAUGGAAACAUUCUAUUCAUGGUAGCAAUGGCAGAAAAGGGCGUAAUGGCACUCAUCAGUACCCACCCGCAAUCAAAUAUCUGCAUUUGCAUGAAUGCGAUAGAUUUUCGAUAGGAAUCUUUUGCAUGCCACCUGGCUCUAUCAUACCACUUCAUAAUCAUCCUGGAAUGACUGUUUUGAGCAAGCUUCUUUAUGGUUCGUUGCAUGUGAGAUCAUACGAUUGGCUUGAUUUACCGGGGUGCUCUGAUGUUUCUAAAGCAAGACCUGCAAAGCUUGUUCGCAAUUGUGAAAUGAGUGCACCUUGUGGUACAACAGUUCUUUAUCCAAAUAGUGGAGGCAAUAUUCAUUGUUUCAAAGCCUUGACGCCCUGUGCUCUCUUUGACAUUCUUUCACCUCCUUACUCCUCAGAAGAUGGGCGACACUGUUCUUAUUUCCGGAAGUCCCCUCGUGUAGAUCUUCCAAGUCUUGAAGAGUUGUGUGGCACAGAACCAUCUGAAGUAGCUUGGUUGGAAGAGAUUCAACCUCCUGAGAACUUCGUAGUCCGUAGGGGGGUGUACAAGGGCCCGACCAUUAGAAAGUAAAUGGGAAUUUUGGACUGGAUGUAAGAUAGCGUUAGUUGCUUGGCUGCAAAAAGGAGGAGCUCUGAGGAGAUAGGUGGAACAUUGGAGCUUAAGCGGCCAUGACAAUAUUACAGUUUUUUUCCUAAAGCAAGGCAUUCAAUUGUAAAUAUUAUUACAUUGGCUUGGUUGUGAAAGCUGAUCGAAAGACCUUGUAUCCUAGACAUCGUUUCUGUGAUUGAUCUUUUUUUGGAUAAUAACAAACGUCGUAUUUUUUUUCGUCA